GAGAAACCAUUGAAUACUGUUGGCACUGGAAGAAGUGGGAUUUUAUACCAAACUACUGCAACAUCAAAUACUGAAACCAUGAGUUUGGCCGAGGAUGAUACUACACCCACUGCUGCUUCUAUUGUGUCUGCUGUUCAUGGAUUGACUUUGGAUGCUCAGAUUCCGACUGUUGCAUCUGUAGAGAGUAGCAUGGACAGCAAUAGUAGUAAUCAAAAACAGACAGAAGCUGGCAGUGCUGAACUAGUUCAGGAAGAAAAUUGGCUGAAACUAGCAAAGCACCAGCGGAUUGUGUCUGGAUGGAGCAUGGACAACGUCAUUGAUCCUCGAGAGGAUAUAUUUGAUGCCAAUAACGACCAUAUCAAAGAGGAUAUUGUGCGAUUGAUUGCCCAGUACCUUGGCGAUGAGGGUUAUGCAUCUUCCAAGAUGAUCUUACUAGAUGAGGCUAAUGUAAAGGCUUUUGAGCGAGAGGAAAACUAUUCCGAGAUUAAGCGAAUGCGUAAAGCAAUUUUUGAUGGAGAUUGGCCCGAGAUCGACAAGUUGUGUUCUCGUCCCUUGAUUCGAAACAACAAGAGUUUUGUAUAUGCAGCGUAUAAACAACAGUAUCUCGAAUAUAUUGAGCACCAUGAGAUUCAAAAGGCAUUUACGCAUUUGAAUAAGCGAUUGAAGCCUUUGGAGCAUUUGCAAACUACUCCUAAUGAGUUUAAAGACUUGUGCUAUCUUCUUACUGCAAAGUCUGUUCAAGAUUCACCUUUGUUUAAAAACUGGGAAGGCAUUGGACCAUCAAGAGAGAAAUUAGCAGAGCUAUUCCAAAGUAUGAUUGAUUAUGAUGAAGGAGAUCGCGAAGGAGCUGUGUAUGUACCACCAAAGCGUUUAUUGAAACUGUUGAGACAGGCGAUUGCAUAUCAAAUGGGUUCAUCACGCUAUGCUCCAACAAUUACCCCCAAAAUAUCUUCUUUGUUGCAGGACUAUUCAUCGCUGGUUGUGCCCAAUACUGUCAAAAGCGUGUUUAGUGGUCACACUGGUAAUAUCAAGUGUGUAGAAUUUGUUGGAGAAGAUGGAAAACAGAUUGUGUCGGGAUCUAGUGAUAACACAUGCCGUGUAUGGCAUACAGAAACUGGUGUUCAAAUGGGUAUAUUAGAGGGUCAUACAUCUCGUAUAUGGGAUGUUACAUCUACAUUGAAUGGCAAUUAUGUUGCAAGUGCAUCAGGUGAUUCUACCAUCAAAGUAUGGAGCAUCAAUGAUUCUGGUAUGCCCUGUUUGAGCACACUUUCUGGUGGCAGCGGUGACAUGUACACGGUUAAAUACCAUCCAACCCACUCAUUUCUUGUCUCUGGCGGAUACGAUAAAGUAGUGCGACUGUAUGACAUUGAACGUGGAGUAGCUGCCAAGACAUUUACCGGACACCAGCUUUCUGUGUCUAAAGUGAUAUUCAAUCCACUUGGAAACUUGAUAAUUAGUGGGUCCAAGGACAACACAAUCAAAUUUUGGGAUAUUGUGUCGGGUUUAUGCAUCAAGACAAUCUCGUCGCAUUUGGGCGAAGUUACAUGUGUUGAAAUGAACUCGGAUGGCACUCUGCUGCUAAGUAGUUCCAAAGACAAUUCGAAUCGAUUGUGGGAUAUCCGCAUGUUACGACCAAUUCGCAAGUUCAAGGGCCACCAAAACACAUCCAAGAAUUUCAUUCGAGCAUCGUUUUUAGGAAACUCGCUGAUUGUUGGUGGAUCUGAAGAUGGCGCAGUGCAUUUAUGGGAUCGAGACAAGGGAGAUUUGCUUCAGCGAUUGCGAGGACAUUCAGGAGUGGUGUAUUCGGCAGUGUGGAACGCAAGACAAGCAUUACUAGCCAGUUGUUCAGAUGAUUGUACGCUGAGUACAUGGUGGUUUAACCCUUCAGCCAAUCGAGUUUAAAAUUGUCAGAUUUUACAAUAUAUAUGAUGGAGUUGAGUAGUAAUGAACAGCCCGUAGCACGGAACUCGUAACAGUAGCAUGGUAAAACAACUGAUGCAUUGCAGCUGUAUUCACGUAAAAUAAUGAAGACAGAAUACAUGAUAAACA